GGAAAUAAUGCACAGAGAAUAAAAAUGAUUUUAAAGAUUCCAGGUGGGGUUAUAUAAAUGAGAGAUCUUGUAAGCAAGAUUCACAUAACAAUGGCAUCCACAAUUCCUCUUCUCACUCCAUACAAGAUGGGCAAGAUUAAUCUCUCCCACAGGGUUGUACUCGCACCCAUGACCAGAAAUAGAUCAUAUGGUAAUACCCCACAACCACAUGCGAUUUUGUAUUAUUCUCAAAGAGCCACCGAAGGAGGUCUCCUCAUCACCGAAGCAACUGGGGUCUCGGACACUGCCCAAGGGUAUCCUGAAACACCUGGAAUUUGGACGAAAGAUCAGGUCGAGGCAUGGAAACCGAUUGUAAAUGCUGUUCAUGAAAAAGGUGGCAUAAUCUUUUGUCAGAUUUGGCACGUAGGUCGUGUCUCAAACUAUGAAUUUCAACCCAAUGGUGAAGCUCCAUUAUCUUCAACCGACAAAGGAAUAACACCGGGAGUCGCCGGUGGAGCUUGGUCUCCUCCUCGUAAACUACGGUCCGAUGAAAUCCCAGCCUUGGUUAACGAUUUCAGACUCGCCGCACGUAACGCCAUUGAUGCAGGAUUUGAUGGUGUAGAGAUUCAUGGGGCAAAUGGAUACAUAAUCGAGCAAUUUCUGAAAGAUCAAGUGAAUGACAGAACCGAUGAGUACGGCGGAACCCUAGAAAACAGGUGUCGAUUCGCCUUAGAAAUUGUAGAAGCGGUGGCGAAUGAGAUCGGAGGCGACAGAGUUGGUAUAAGGCUAUCCACAUUCGCGAAUUACAUGGAAUGCGAAGAUUCUAACCCUGAAGCUCUUGGGCUUUACAUGGCGAAUGCACUUAACAAGUAUGAGAUCCUUUAUCUCCAUGUAAUUGAGCCCAGGAUGGUGGAAGCUGAUACAUUAUAUGAUACCCCAUAUAGUACUCUUCCGAUGAAGAAAGCUUUCAAGGGGACGUUUAUUAGCUCCGGCGGCUAUAAGAGAGACGACGCCAUCAACGCCGUCGCCGACAGCAAGACGGAUUUGGUUGCAUUUGGGCGGCUUUUCUUGGCAAAUCCGGAUUUGCCUAAGCGGUUUGAAAUUGGUGCGGGUCUUAAUAAGUAUGACAGGAAUACUUUUUAUACCCAAGAUCCGAAGCUCGGGUAUACGGAUUAUGCAUUUCUUGAGGUGUGAACGUGUGAUGUGUGAUUUGGAAAAAAAUGACGUAUGUAAUUUGGAAAAUAUUAUAUUUUUCCUUUUCUUUUGCUAUAAAAAUACAUAAUUCUUUUCUGUUA